UCGGAUUCGCUCGGACGUGACGUCGCGGCUCGUGAGUGCGGCGCUUUUCUAACGGGACAUCAAGCUCUGUGUUUAUCUGCGCGUGUGCGUCAGUGUGUGUGUGCCUGCCCACAAAGCUGUGCUACAAUAUUCGCAUUAACUAAUGCCAACAAAAUAGAGAAAAUAUCUAUUUAAAUACCAAGUGGUGAGGAAAAACAAACGACUAAAAACCAAAAGUCUGACCAUUAUCAAAGGGUUUAUUACCAAAGACAUCGAGAUACAAAUACAAUUUCGCCGCUACACCGGCAGACAUAUCAAAGAAGGGAUUAUUUUGGACUGAAAAAUUCACUUUAAGGGCGCUCAAGAGCAAAAACCCGUGACAGCAUCGACCAUAUCGAAUUGAAGCCAACCAAACGGAACCAACUUUGGGGCAAAAGUGCGUUACGGUUCCGCCAAUUAAUAUCGAUGACACAGCAAAUCAGUGUCAAUCAAGCUGUGGGAAAGCGACACGAAUUUCCACAAAUAUGCGCCGGCAAAUAGAAUCGUCGGACGCUAUAAUGAGCCAUAUCAGCGAACAAACAUUAUCCACGCCGCCAGCCACUGGAAUGGGAAAUGGCCAAAACAAUGAGCAGCAGCAUCAUCAUCAUCAUCAUCAUCAGCAGCACUUGAGUAAAUAGAAAAUCAGUGUUCAGAAUCAAUACAAAAUCAAUAUAAAUAGUGCGGGACGAUAGACAGAAAUUGAUUGUCAACAUUAUUCGCUGUCGCUGUCGCGCAGAGCGAUAAAAACCCGAGUAGCAGCGGCAACAAAAGCCAAAGCCAUCGGGGCAUUGAAAGCCAAACAAAGCCCAAGUUCCCCAGCGAGUAUGGGUGGCAAGCACCAGGGAUCCGGGGCAGGAGGAGGACUCUCCUCAGGCGGAGGAGGCGGAGGGAGCCUCAACUCCAGUCUGUGCAACUCGGUGAUGACGAGCGCCACCACGGCCAGCAGCAGUCUCACCCAGCAGCAGCAGCAGCUGCAAGCCAAGUACAUCAAGUCGAAGCGCCACCAGAGCCGCUACACCAGCCUCCAGCAUUCCGGCCCCGAUUCCGGCAGCUAUCUGCACCUCAACUCGCUCUGGUCCAUCUGGUAUGGAGUGCUGCUCACCCUGUUCCAGGGCUACUUGGCCAUGCACGGGGCCUACAGGUUCCUGGGCUGCUCCCUGAUACCCUGGAAAAUCGAGCCCGUGGCCGAGCUGAAUCUGCAGAUUGUGCUCUCUGGCGUGGUGUUCAUCCUGCUGCCGGUCUUUUUCACUUCGGCGGUGUUCAAGGUUGGCAACUUGGCAAACGACGGCAUUAAAUUGGCCACCGGUGCCAGGGAAAGGCGCUGCACCCUUUCGCCGCACGAUGGCCUGGAGGAGGAGUCGCGGGGCGGAACCCUGCGAGCCCUCUGGACCCACGGCGGACCCACGGCGGCCUUCGUCCACAUCCUGAUUGCCCUCUGCCUGCUGCUGCCGCGGCUGCUGCUCGAGGCUCGCAUCAUCGAGAACGGAUUGCUGCCAAAAGAGCAAAUUUGGGCCACUGAAUUGGACUUUGUUGUGAUCAAUCGACGCAAUUUGAUGGCCAUGUCGGUGGUGGGGGCCACACCCUUACCCAGGCAUCACCAGAAUCAGCAGCAGCAGCAGCACCACCACCAGGAGCACAGUCGUCUCAACCUCACCGCAAACAGUUUGGAACAGGACGAGGAGGACUACUUCAACGAUACCAUGUUCACGGCCAUCCGAGGAGUUCCGGCCGGGGGCAAUAACAAUUUGUUCGACCUGCGACCCGAUAAGGCCAAUGGCAGAAAGGCGGCCAAGACGACGGCAACAACGAAGACGAGGACGAGGACAACAACCACUACCACUACCAUUUCCCAACUGGAUGCGGGCAAGGGCCAGUACUUUGAAGUGCCCGAUUUAAUUAAUCAAGAUAUUGACGAAGAGGAGCGUCAGGAACUCGAGGAGGCAAUGCGGGGGGAGGAUGCUGAUGGAGAUGGUGAUGAGGAGGGAACCGUCAUCAUGCCGGAUUUUGAUGAGUUGCCGCCAAGAACCGCAGUUGGCACGACAACCACAGCCUCCUCUGCCGAAGCCGGCAAGUUGAAUGUGGAAAAUUGGCAAAAGCUGGGAACUCUGGGCAAAGAGACCACAACAAGCAGCUCUAGUACAACACCCUCUACAACCACCACAACCAGGACGACAUCAACAACAACCACCACAGCUGCCACAACCACCGAGAGUACUAGCAGCACCACCAUAAAACCUGUUGAUAUAAUAACAACAAGCAGGCAACCACAUCACCAUCAUGGAAAACCACGCAAACACCACAAACAUCACAACAAACAGAGGCUACAACAGCAGCAGCAGCAGCAGCAACCUAGACGCCACCACGUGGCCUCCCAUGAGCAGGCGAUCCUCGAGAGCUUUUCGCCGGAGGAGGAGACCACCACCAGGGAUAGCAGUAUCCAUAGAGUGCGACCUGAAGUCCUCCCUGAGUUACCCAUUCCCUCCACGCCCGUUUCCGCCUCCAAUUCCAAGAUCAUUGCCAUUAAACCCAAGAACCAGAAACGCAGGAUUUCCAAGAGGGCAGCUGGAGUGGAAAUCGAACCGGAAUACUUGCUCAACGAUGCCAAUAUAAAUUCCAGUGAAUUUGUGGCCAAAUCCAAUGAGGAGGAACCGGAGGAGAGUGAGGAUUUCGAGCUGGAGGAUGGUGAUUUUCAGGCAGUGCCCGCCUUGACCCCAGCACCUCCAGGUUCGGCAGCAAGUGGUCCGAAAGCUGGGCAGGACUACGUCCGGUUGGAUGGCUUUGCCGGAAUGCUGCAGCUCUUCUUUGGCAUCGAUAAGCCCAUCGAUGUGGCCAUUUUCUCUCAGCCUCCCAGUGCCGAGUUUGUGAAUCUACUGUGUGCCCUAUUGGUGUGGUCAGUUCGCUAUCCGGCUGUCUUUUGGAACACCUCGAAGGCUUUUGCCUGCGUCUUUAGCCUCCAGAUGGUGGUGGCUGCUUUGGACAUUAUCCUGGGAUAUGUGGGUGUCUCCAAUCUGUACAAGCUGCAGAUCUACGCCGAGGCCAUGCCAGUCCAUCAGCCGGGGCUCAUCCUAAAUGCCGUGGUCACCCUGGCCCUGUACCUUUUGGCCACCGCCUUGGUGGUGGCCUCCUCGAUGGUCAUGUACUUGUAUGGACAUGGUCGACUGGCCACUCGGAUGCGGGACCGCUCCAUCAUCACCCUGAAGAGCCACCAGACCUGGAUCUAUUUCGCCCACUGUGCCUCCUUGUGCUUCGUUUUGGCCCUGGCGGUGGUGAAGGCCCCGCUGCUCAACGAUCUCAGUGCCACCUACAAGAACAACCUGCACUGCCCCACCUUCCUGGCGGCUCUUGUUGGAGUGACGCACCUGCUGCUGUGGAUUGUCAUCUGGCUGUGCUUGACCAUCAAGCGUCGCUGGCACUUUAAGCUGCCGCCAUUGGACAGCACUUAUGGCGGAUUGCUGGGAAAGGCCAGUGCCCAGCCGCUCCUGAUGUCCAGCGGUCAAAGGACGGGGAGCAACUCGAGCAGCAGCGGCUGCAACUCCACCAGCACCACGGUGAAUGGGGGCGACUCCAAGCCGGACAUGAUGAGCACGGCCACCAGCACGGAACUGGGCAUGGGCAUGGGCAUGGGAAUGGGAAUGGGAAUGGGUGGGGGCAUGGGCAUCAAUGGCGGCAUGGGCGGAACGGGCAUGGGCCUGGCCGCCCAGGAGGACAUCUAUUGGCCCAAACUGACGCCCAGCUCGCCCAAGCUGAAGGUCACCUUCAACGAAGUUACGAGUACGUCUGAUGAUGUCCUACUAAUUGGUGACCAAGAACAAACUGAUGGCAAGCGCCAUACGAGCCGUGGAGCCUCGAUAUGUUUUGCCAGUGCUGCGGGGGAAGCUGACGACGGCGAGUACGCGACACUAAGGGCGGCCACCGCCGGAGCCGUCGUGGGCAUCACCAUGGGCAGCAUAAAGAGGGGCGUCAGCAACACCUCGGUGGGGGUCAGCCUGCUCCAUCUCUCGGAGUACGAUGAACUUCCUCCGCCGCCGCCGCUGACCAACAACCAUCAUCUUCAGCAGCAGCAGCAGCGGCAGGCCCAAUCCUUUGCCCAUGGACAUCCCCACGACUAUGCCAACCUCAGCGGAUUGGGUGGCAUCAGCGACGACAACAUCUCCGAGGAGGGCAAGCUGCUGGCCUGUGUGCGCGACGACAGCAUCACCUACGCCUCCACCAGGGAUCUGGAGCCGCCCCAGCCGUCGGCACAGGCACAGGCCCAGGCACCUCCACCCCCUCCGCCGCUGCCCAUGAAGGGGGCCCCCGUGCCACAGCCACCAGCGGUACUGCCCCAUUCCACCGGCAUCUACGGGCGGGCCCCUCAAGCCAUGCCCGAGAUGAUGCAGUUGUCGCCCGAGCGCCAUCACAAUCCACUUCAGCAUUCUCUGCAGCAUCCACAGCAGCAUCCUCUCCAGCAGAAGCAGCAGCACCAGCAGCCACAGCCGCCACCACCGCAUCCUCUCCAGCAACAGAGCAAUCCGCACCAGCAUCUAGUCAGCCCCUUAGCUCCGGUCACGGUCGCAGUUCACACCAACGAAGCGCAUAUCGCCUCCAGUUCCACACCCCGCUGCCUGCGCCGCGCCGAUUCGGGGGUUCCCAACGAGGCGUUGACGCCCCGCAGCGACACCACCUCCACCACCGAGAGCACCAACACCACCUCGCCGCCGGAGCGCGCCCCCUCCGAGUCCUCCAGCGGCGUCCAUUCGGGUGAGGAGCGUGAACUGGAGGUCAUCAUACGGCCGCGGGCCAACAGCAAGCCACCGCCACGCCCCCCACAGCCGCCCAUUCAGGAGGAGCCCUACGGUCGGUGCACCAACAUGCGCAUGUCCAGCUUCAAUGCGGAUCCCUCGGCAAUAUCCUCGUCCUCCGCCUCCUCCUCGUCGACGGUGGUCAUCAACAGUGCCACGCUGCCGCUGCAGCGUUCGGUGCCGGAGCAGAAGUUCGACUAUACGGCUCACUGUAGCACGAUGCCACUGCCGGUGGGCUGCCACAGCCAGCAGCUCGCCGGGAGCGGUGGUGGCUAUGCCUCCACCUCGGCCAUGACCAGUUCCAUGGGUCCAGCAUCGCAGGUAUCCAGCUUCAUGACGCCCAAUAACAACAGCAGCAGCAGCAGCAGCAGCAUGCACUAUGCCAAUGCCUCGGUGGCCCUGGGAAAUGGCCAACAGACGCCGCACACCACGCUGCCCAAUGGAGUGCGCUACUCCAAUCCGCACUUCCUGCGCCGCCUGCCGCACGUGACCAAGGCCGCGGAGUCGCCCUACGGACACCUGGGCUACGGAGCCGGGCAUCAUGCCUUCGCCAAGCUGCCACUUGAGACGCAUCCCACCAUUCCAGAGGAUCGCGAUUCGGCCAACUACUCGAUGGCCUCCGACCAGGAUUGCGGUCUAUAUGUUACGGCCCAACUGCACUAGGCUAGCCAGGGAUCCAUCUACUAUACUAUGAACUUAGAAUUGUUGCAAAACGCCUUGCAAUCCAUGUAAAAUCCCUUAAAAACGUUAUAACCUAAGUUGAAUUCUGAUUGCUUUACGACAGUGGUCAACAGCUGCAUAGGUAUUUCCUAUACCGCGGGCCGCCUGCUCUACGGCAUUAUAGACGAACAUAUUCAAAGAAAUUUUAGGAGACUAACAUAUGUUGUAGUGCAAUCGGAGCACAGAACCAUAGCAUUACCCAUUAUUAUCCAUAAAGCCCUAAUUUAGCCUCUCGGUUUUUGUACAGCUCCGACCCCCAGAGACGCCAUACCAAAUCCACUAAUCUUCCAAGGAUCAGCUGGUAACCCAAUCCAAAACUAUUCUCCAUUUGCUUUGCCUUGACGAUGAUCCACUCAAGUAUGUAGCGCUAACUGCCACCCAGAUGACCCACGAAAAAAAUAAGAAAAACUGAACCUAAAACUAUAUCUAUAUCUAUACUACACCUACAUCUACGGCUAAAUCUAAAUCUAAAUAUAUAUUUAUAUUUAUACAUGCUAUGCUCGUAUACAAUGUGUAAGAUAAUAAGCUAAUCGUGUUUAAGUAAUCAAUGUAAACUAAUGUUUAUCAUAUCAUAUAUGAAUGAAUAUCUAUAGCUAAGUGUAAGAGCCCCAUAAAUAUUAAUCUGAAAGGAAUAAAAUAUCAUAGCUCGAUCAUGUGCAAGCACUCAAAGUAUUUUCCCCUAAGCAAUUUCUCUUAUCGAAGCAAAAAAAAAAAAAGAAAUAUGAAAUGGACAAAAGGCAUACGAAUUUAAGCUGCAAUUCUAUGGUUUUUAUUGUAAGGAUAAACUGUAAAGUGGUAAAUCGUAAUUUUAUGGCACUAACUAGCCCAAAACGUUAUGCUUCAGCUAGUCGGCAUAGAUGAUAGACACCCAGCAAGGCUUUGGCAUAUGUAUUUUCUAUGGUCUCUCAACGCUUAUCGUUUAAGAUGAAUGUAAAAUGUAAUGUAACAAAGCGACAAUAUGAAUAUUAUCUAAUGUAUGAUACAAACGAAUACUAUCCACGGCCCCAUACAUAUCUCACACGCACAAGACUUUCGACCUUAACCUACUGCACGCUGGAAUGUCCUUUCCACCAACACACCCGCUUAUAAGAUUUCUUUUUUUGUACCCCGCGUAAAUGUAGUUAAAUGUACUUUUAUUUUGAAUCGGAACCCGUUUGAAUCCAACUAUAAAAGAAAAAAAAACUCUGAGGACGGUAGUUCCGAACCCCUUUUUGUAGAGCAUUCAGUUAACCGGUCGUAUUUAUUUUCGUUAUAAAGACUGAUUAGUAAUAUAAUACCUACAUUUUGAAAUGCACAUCCAUCAAAGAACUUUAAAAAGUAAAGAUCCGAAGUCAGCUUGAGAAAUUCAUAGCAUUGAUACGAUAGUGGAUAGGCCAUAAAUAUAGUUUAGCAUGUCGUCAUUAACUUGGUUCCUUUGUGAAACGCACUAAACUAAACGAGAUAUCAACAGUUAAGAAAGAAAACUUUUGUAACAUAAUUUCAAAUUAAUUAAAGAAUUAUUCAAACAAAAUAUCCAAAAGAAAUACUAAGUAUGCCCCAAAAGAGAAUUACAGAUACUUGAUUUAGUAACCUGGGUCACAAUUUUUUUGCGCAAGCGGGCAAAACUUGUAAAUGAACGUAAGGUUAAACCCAGUAUCCGAUAUGGCGCAUGCAUCCAAAAACAUUUAUAUUUAAUAAUAUAAAUCAAUGAAUGUUUAAAUUAUUUAUAUAUACAAUAUACGGAUUAAAUGGUUUAUCAAUGGUAAAUAAAGAAAUACCACCGCUUUAUGUAAAACCCCAAAA